AUGCUUGCCGGUCCCCCGUUUCGUGUGCAGGCGGAAGGAUUCGUGCUCUGGCGUGCUUGCGACGAUGGCGAUAUUGAUGAGGCUGUUGCUGAGAUUCUGGAGCUUGCCGAAAACAGUGAGGCACAGGCUGCCGAGACAGCCGUGGCACCUUCAUCGACAGGGUAUCCCAAGGCUGCGCAUUGUGACGAUGAUGGCUUCACAUACAAGGCGGUGCAGCGAAGGGGAGUUCGGGCACUGUACCUGCGCGCUGUGCGCCGCCAAAUCGAGUACUACCUCUCUGACAAGAAUCUGAAGCAAGACUGGUUUUUCCAAGAAAAGAUUGUCGAGGAGCCUGAGCCAGGGUGGCUCGAGAUGCGCUGGAUCUUGUCGUGUCCGCGUAUCAGGGAUGUGCAUUGUGCCUCCCUGGUGGACGUCCUGGAAGCUCUCGGGCCUUCUACCCUGAAAGUCAAGGCUUGCAGCGGCACGCACUGGGUGCGAAGGAAAAAGCCUCUACCACCACUGACGGAAGGCCGCCCGGUCAGAGGACAGGAACCGGAGUGGUAUGUUCGAUUGCAUGGGGGGCCCAGAGGGCCUGCGGGGCCAGAGCCAGACAGAGGGGACGUUGCACGUGCUCCGGAUUCAGAGGAAGGUUGCCAGGCUUGUGCUGCUUGCCACCGCCAAAAACACCGCGAAGACUUCAGCAAGGCGCAGCUGACCAAGCAUCGGAGGAGUCCCACGUGCAAAGAGUGCUUGCUAGCGGCUGCUUCGUAG